AUGAGACCCGUUCUACUUGCGGGCCACGAGAGAGCCCUCACCCAAAUCAAAUAUAACCCCGAUGGCGAUCUAAUCUUCUCCACGGCCAAGGACCAGCACAUCUGCGCGUGGUUCUCACACAAUGGCGAGCGCCUAGGCACUUACCACGGCCACCAGGGCGCCAUCUGGACCGUCGACGUCGACCCGACCAGCACCAUCAUCGCCUCCGGCUCCGCCGACAACACCAUCCGCCUGUGGGACAUCAAGAGCGGCAAGUGCCUCAAGGCCUGGGACUUCCCCACGGCGGUCAAGCGCGUCGAGUUCAACGAGGACGGCACCAAGCUGCUGGGCGUGACGGAGAAGCGCAUGGGCCACCUGGGCACCAUCGUCGUGCUGGACGUCAAGAUCGACGUCGACGCCGAGCAGUCCGACGAGAAGGCGCUGACCAUCGUCUGCGACGAGAGCAAGGCCACCGUCGCCGGCUGGAGCUACCUGUCCAAGUACAUCAUUGCCGGCCACGAGGACGGCUCCGUCUCGCAGUACGACGGCAAGACCGGCGAGCAGAUCUACAACGUCCCCGUCCACGAGCUCGGCAUGCAGGUCACCGACCUGCAGUGGUCCACCGACCGCACCUACUUCAUCACCGCCAGCAAGGACAAGACCGCCAAGCUCAUCUCCGCCCGCGACCUCGAGGUCCUCAAGACCUACGUCUCCGACACGCCCCUCAACAGCGCCACCAUCACCCCCAAGAAGGACUUUGUCAUCCUCGGCGGUGGCCAGGCCGCCAUGGACGUCACCACGACCGCAGCAAGGCAGGGUAAAUUCGAGGCCAGGUUCUACCACAAGAUCUUCGAGGAGGAGGUCGGUCGUGUCAGAGGCCAUUUCGGUCCCCUGAACACCGUUGCCGCCGAUCCGACAGGAAAGGGCUACGCGAGCGGCGGAGAGGACGGCUAUGUCCGAGUACAUCAAUUUGACAAGGGCUACUUCGACUUCAUGUACGAGGUCGAGAGGGAGCAUGCCAAUCGGCAAUCAUAG